UCACAUACACUACACGUAACGUUAUUGUGGAGUUUCACUUCGACAAAAGUGUGUGAUGAUUGCCAUUUAAAUAUACGUGUAUUCUUGUCUUUCGUUUCUUGCACUCUUUGUUCUUGCCUUCUUGAAAUCUUAAUUCAUCUUCAAUUCUGCCGUUUGCCGAGGAUAGAUGGGGAGAGUGUUUGCUGUGACUCUCGAGGGAAAGAUCUAUAGUUGCAAGCACUGUGGAACUCAUCUAGCGCUUGAUGAUGAUAUCGUCUCCAAGUCUUUCCACAGCAGGCAUGGAAAGGCUUAUCUCUUCAGUAAAGUAGCAAAUGUAACGCUUGGCGAGAAGGAAGAGAGAAUGAUGAUGACUGGAUCACACAUAGUUGUUGAUAUAUUCUGCGUCCAAUGUGGUUCAAUUGUUGGAUGGAAAUAUGAAACUGCUCGUGAAAAGAGUCAAAAGUACAAAGAAGGAAAAUCUGUUCUUGAGCGGUUUAAGAUAUCCGGGCCAGAUGGAAGCAAUUAUUGGGUUAGCCACGGAGCACAUUUCGGAGGAAGUGAUGCUGAUGAUGUCUGAAUCAGUCAGCUCGAUCCUAAUCACAAAUGAAUAUCGUCAUCUUCAAUUGUACAUUCGUAAACCUCUUCAUUCUUCUUCUUUGACUCUGCUUCUGAAUUGAUGAUUGGAUGGACUGUUACCAUCGGAUUAACAUCUCGUUUGCUGUUGUUACGUGGUUCGUUUACAUUCCGAUGGCAUUUAAUUUCUCAAGGAACUGACAUUGCUCAUUAGGUCUUCAUGUGUAGUUUAUGUUCAGAAUGAGCUGAUGUCUUAGUUUCAUGAUUGUUUGAGUUGGCCUUUGGUUUGAAUUGGACAUAUAAAUGUACAAAUAAUAAAAUACUAUUAACUUGACACAAUUUGUUAAUAUUGCA